CUAUCGUUGGGCGAGCGACCACCUCCGAUGCAGCUCUGCUCGUGCCGAGGCCCUGGAAAACCACGCCAGUCAUUUUUGUUUUGAUAAGGAUACGGAUACAAAAAGAGCGUGGCCUGAAAAUUUUGCAUAAAGCAUAGAGAAAGCAACAUUACGAUUCGCGAAAACUGUGCAAACUGUGUGGCAUGUUGUGCAGGACAAAGUGCCUACCGAAUUGCUUGCGAUAACGCAUACGUGGAAGCGACGUGCCAGGUGCCAGGGCAGGUCGCGGCAGCAGUAGCAGCAGACAGCUAAAAUAACAAACCCGACGACAGAGUGUGGUGGGGCUCUGGUGGCAAAUGGCUGCGGGUUUUCCAUUUAAUUGUAUAACGCGCCCACUCGCAUCCUUCAUGUGCAGACAAUAAGCGACCGAAAGUCACUAGCUGGAGCUGAAGAUUUUUCGAAUACCUCAGGUCGGUGAGGCAAGCCCCAUAACUAUGCAUCUGAAUCAUGCAACUGCUGCGACAGCUGCCAUGGCCAACUAUCAGCACUAUGCGCCCGCCCAGUUGGCAACGCACGGUGGGGGUGGCGGUGGCGGCGGAGGGGGUGGUGGUGGAGGCGCUGGAAACGCCUUGCAACAGUCGACCACCCUGGCCAGCCUGCAACAGAGUCCGUUCGCGUUGCACCAACUGACCGCUGUGCAGGCCAUUCAGCAUCCCACCCACCAGACGAUGCUCCAUCCGCAACAUCCACUGGUCCACCUGCUAGAUAUAUCGACGACCACAACGAAUAGCGGUGGCAAUCACACGCCCAUACCGCCCAUGAAGCAGGAGGUGGUGCAGACAUUCAUCAAGGAGGAGGAGACGGUGGUGGACGAUCCGCGCAAAAAGAAGCAAUGCCACGUGUGUAAGAACAAAUUCCGGCAGCUGACGACGUUACGCAACCACAUGAAAAUACACACCGAUGAACGGCCCUACAAGUGCAAGCACUGCGACAAGGCAUUCCGCCAGAUCUCCACGUUGACCAACCACGUGAAGAUCCACACUGGCGAGAAGCCCUUCACCUGCAAUAUCUGCGCCAAGGACUUCCGGCAACAGAGCACACUGAUCAAUCACAUCAAGACGCAUAAGGCGGCAGAGUCGAGCACGCCAACGUCACUACUCAACUAUCAGCCACAGCCGCAGUCGAGUGGAAAGAUGAGGAAGUCGCAGGCGAAUCAGAUGCACAACGCCUACCAGCAGCAACAGCAGCAGCAUAUGCCGCGCGUACAAAUCUCAAAGACUCUAUACUCCGGCAGCUACAGCUCGCCGGCGGCCGAGGAGCUGGUGAAACCGUACCAGUGUAGCGUGUGCAAGCGGCGAUUUCCGCAGCUGAGUACGCUGCACAAUCACGAGCGGACGCACAUCGAUCCCAAGCCGUACAAGUGUGAGACGUGCGACAAGUCCUUCAGCCAGCUGGCCACGCUGGCCAAUCACAAAAAGAUCCAUACGGGAGACAAACCAUACACGUGUUCCUACUGCCACAUGCAGUUCCGACAACAGAGCACCCUCACCAAUCACAUGAAGACGCACACGCAUCUGGCGUCCCAGCAGCAGCAGCAGCAGCCGGGAGGCGGCACAGUCACAGCCACAGUGGAUCACUCGAUGCCGUUGCCUCUGGCGCCGGGAACGCAGCAACUGACGAGCGGACUGCUGCCAAAUAAUCUGCACGGUGCAACGCCCAACAUCAUCCAGCUGGAGCAUCAUCCGCUACUGCAUUUCCUGGACAGCGGCACCACGGUCAGCUCUGUGGUAGCUAGUAAUGUGGCUGCUGCGGCAGCCAAAUCUGAGCACUUCCAGACCAACACCAAGUCUGAACACUUCCAGGCCGCGUCGCCGCCCGGUCGCAUCACCAUGGUGGGCAACAUCAACAUGCUGAAGGGCGAGAAUCCGGAUCGUCCGUUUGGAUGCAGCGUCUGCCAGCGUUUCUUCUCACAGCAGAGCACCCUGGUCAAUCACAUCAAGACGCAUACGGGUGAGAAGCCAUACAAGUGCAAGAUCUGUGAGGUUAACUUCCGACAGGUGGCCACGCUCAACAAUCACAUGAAGAUCCAUACUGGUGAAAAGCCCUACAACUGUUCCUACUGCCCCAAGCAGUUCCGACAGAAGAGCACGCUGCAGAAUCAUCUAAGGGUGCACACAUGCUAGGCUACAGUCUCCAGCCACCCAGUCCGCAGCCAGCCAGCCAGCCAGCGAGCCAGUCAACCAGCCAUUGAGGAAUAGUGCAAUAUGCAUGCCACACACAUACAUACAUACAUACAGUUAUACCGCAUACAGUUAUGCAGUUAUACAUGAAUACUAUAUUUGAAUGAUAUACUCAAAAGUGUUAUUUACCUGCUGUGCAGAGCGCAAUUGUAUGUAACUAUAUAGUAGAAGAGCUGAUCCACAUGCGUGUCCAAUUGUAAAUUAAGGCUAGCCGUACAUCGUGCACACAACACACACACACACACACACACACACACACACAUACAAUACAGGAUGUUUAAAGCCGAAAACUCUAUAUCUACUAUACCUACCCACUACUACUAAAACUAAUACUACUAUUAGCCUCAUAACUGUUGUCACCCAAGCCCCCCUGCCCGUUUCUCAGUUCAGCUGCAGGCUGCCUGUCCCUGACCCCUAGUUAAGACUAGCUUCUCUCCAGCUUUUCUCGUCGUGUUAAAUGUUAAGCCCCGAAAAAGCAAAGUAAAGUAAAUAAAAUAAUGAUACAACUAGUUAUUGCUAUACUGUGUGUAACCCCCCGCCCGCUCUAAUCGUAUACAAACAUAAGUUGUCAUCGCAAAAAGAAAAAACAAAAGAAAAGCCCGCAACUAUUUAUAUAAGUGUACUCUUAGAGGAUAUUUAGCAGCAUCUUUUACUCAACUGACUACAAGCGGAGCAGCAUAAAUAAUCCAAUAAUAAUAAUACCAACUAUUCAUGAAGGAAAAGUAAACAAGAAUAAUUAAAAGAACCGGGUUGCUUAUACGAGUACUAGAACAAA